UUGACAUAACAGAAGAAAACAUUAAAAAUCGACUGACGCAAAAAUAACUGUUCCAAAUCUAAAAAUGUGUUUGUAAUAGAAGUUUUUAAAAAUACAAAAUUAUGUAUAAAUGAGCAAGCUAGUAGCCUACUCUAAUUCAUCCUAACGGAUGCUCGUAAACUCUGGCAAAAUAAGAAUAACCUCCAAACACAUGUACGGUAAAAUAAUAAUAGUUAAUAAAGUAGUUAGAAUAAGUAGUGUCCGUUAUUACAGCAGCGACAGUAGUAAGAAAUUGUUGGGAUUUCUAGCCAGCAUGCCGAAACCCAAUUCUGGAAGAAUUUUCGAUGCACAACGCCAACGUCAACAAAUAAGUAAAAAGGCAGAAAAAUAUGGCCCUAGUACAGUAUACUUACAGGUCCUAGGCUCUGGGGCUAGAGGAGCACCUAAUACUCUUUAUCUAUUUACAGAUCAAAAGCGUUAUUUAUUUAACUGUGGAGAGGGUACCCAGAGACUUGCCCAUGAACACAAGGUAAAACUGUCAAAACUUGACCAUAUUUUUAUCACUAACAAGACCUGGAGAAAUAUUGGUGGUCUGCCUGGACUCUCUCUCACACUCCAAGAUGUUGGUGUGCCAAAUAUAACUUUACAUGGACCUGAUGGAUUGGAUGAAUUGUACAAUGCCACAAAAAGGUUUGUGAUUAUGAAAGAUAUGAAUGUCACUAUGGCCAAGUGCAGCCCUUCUGUUGACUUUGAAGACAAUGUGAUGACUGUUAAAUAUGUUCUUUUGGGACCUGAAGAUAAAAUUUUAAAAACUGAUUCAACACCUAUUGCAAAGAAACCGAAACUUGGUGGUGAAAAUCAUGACAGUAAAUUUGAGGAGUUCAUUCAUGAUGACACUGACUAUUACAAAAGGGAAGCCAAAAGCCCCGAAGAACUAAAAAACACAUCUCCAAAAUUAAAACCAAAAAAUGUUGGCAAAGAUGCUCUGAAGUCGAAGAACGAAAAAGUAUUGCAUGAACUACAAAAACAAAGUCAUUGUACUGUAGCAUAUAUUUGUACUUUGAAGAAACGUCUCGGUACACUUGUUCUAGAGAAAUGUGUAGAAUUCGGUGUCAAACCAGGACCUCUGCUUGGGCAACUGAAGAGUGGUCAAGAUGUGGUGCUGCCAGAUGGUAAACUAGUGCGGUCAAAAGAUGUGAAGACACCAGACGAUCCCGGUCCAGUUUUUAUAGUCCUGGAAGUUCCAGAUAUAUCAUAUUUGAAAGAAUCAGAAUUCGCUGCACAUUAUGACGAUAAAAUUAACCCGCCAGAGAACAUUCCUGCCGUUGUUGUGCACUACACGCCACCACACGUCUUUAAUGAUCCCAAGUACCGCGCCUUCAUGUCGCAGUUCGGCGCGAGCACGCGGCACCUGGUGCUCAACGCGCACAACUCGUGCAUGGGCUCGGAGGCCGUGCACCGCUCGCAGCACCGCCUGCACCUGCUGGACGAGGACAUGUUCCCCCUGCUGCGCGACGCCAGCGUGCCGGCGCUGUGGGCCCCCGGGCCCCGCGCCGGCGCCGCGCUCGACGGGGCUCGCCUCAGGGGCAUCGAGGAGCUCAAGAACAAGAUCGCCGAGGCGCAGUUCCAGAACAUCAUAAACAUGGAGGGCUCGUGCGGGGACGCGUCGGCGGGCGGCGCCGCGCCCGCGCGCCUCGACCUCGUCGCCGCGCGCACGCUCACCGUGUUCCACCUCCGCCCCAAGAGGGCGCUCGACAGAUCGGCCGAACCGAAGCUCCAUAUACAAGAGUAUAUCCAGGAGGCAAUGGACGUGGAUGGAUUCGUUGACAGUCUAGAAAAAUUCCGAAAACUAGUUGAGAAAAUUCGCUAUGGCAAGACCCAGUCUCAGCAGGAGUAUCCGAAGGUAGUUUUCCUCGGAACCGGUUCCUGUAUACCGAGUAAGACGAGGAAUACGAGUGCAAUUGUUCUACAAAUUGAUGAACGUAGUUCAAUGUUAAUGGAUUGUGGUGAAGGCACAUUCGGUCAACUGGUGCGCUUCUUUGGACCAAAGAAAGUCAACGCGUUCCUGAGGACACUGAAGGCCAUUUAUAUCUCUCACCUACACGCAGACCACCAUAUCGGUCUAAUAGACGUGCUACAGGCGCGUCGUCAGGCCUUAGACGAAGUUGACGAGGAAGCGCCUACAACUUCCGUGUACCUGCUCGCACCCGGACAGAUCGUCUCCUGGCUAUCCAUAUACGACAAGGAGUUCGAGAGGAUUCAAGAUGAAUUUACGCUAAUACCUAAUCAGGACUUGCUGGAGGAGCAGAGGCCGGAGUGGGAGGCGGGCGGCGCGCUGGCGGCGGCGGCGGCGGCGGCGCUGGGCGUGCGGCGCGUGCGCACGUGCCACGUGGCGCACUGCCCCAACGCCUUCGGGGUGGCCGUCGACGUGGACGAGCGCUACAAGCUCACCUACUCCGGCGACACCAUCCCCUGCGCGGAGCUCGUGGACAUCGGUAAAGACUCAACUCUAUUAAUCCACGAAGCGACAAUGGAAGACGAGCUCGCAGGAGAAGCGCGUAUAAAGAUGCAUUCGACGACUUCCCAGGCCAUAAACAUCGGGAAGGAAAUGAACGCCAAGUACACAAUAUUAACGCACUUCAGUCAGAGAUACGCGCGACUGCCGAGACUCAAUGCGAACAUAUUGAACGACAACAAUACGGUCGGGAUAGCUUUUGAUAACAUGCAGAUAACAAUGAACGACUUAGAACUCCUUCCACACAUGUACGCCCCACUACAACUGAUGUUCGCCGAGCAUUGUGUAGAGCUAGAAUUAAAAGCGGCUAAUCGAGCGCGACUCAAAGACAAGCAGAGGUUAUCCCCCACCCUACCCACGUCUAAUUCUAUACGAAAUUAUUCCACAAACAACCAUAAAGAAGAAGAGACCACGGACAACGACAAGAACGAACACAAUGGAUCCACAGACAAUAAUGAAUCGGAUCAUCAGAGAAAUGGUGAAAAUGUUACAGAUAACGAUCGUAAUAUAAUGAGCUAGUGUUUAAUUUGGUUUUUAAGUUUAAUAGUUUUGUAGUUUUAUAUUAGCAGCUUAAAUAAAAAAUAAUAAUAUUCUUGUACAAGUUACUUGAAGUUGAAUGGAUGAAGUAUUGCUUUAUUAAAAUAAUAUAUUAUAUUAUCUCAUUCAAUAGUAAAUAGUUGAACAUAUAGUUCUCAUUAUAAAGUGAUAUGUUUUAGUUUGAAUCAUUUACACUAGUGUAACUAAGAUUGGCUGUUAUAUAUAAAACCUGAA